GUCAAGUAUGCCAACUGUCGUAAAAGCACAUGGAAGAGGAACAAAGAAGUGAAGGCGCAUGCUAGUAAACAAGUCCGUGUUAUUAUUUGUUCACUAUUAUGUAAAUAUUUAUGUCGUAAAAAACACAUUUUAGAUUCUUUAUUUCAGGGUAAAACGUCUCGGUCGGCGAGAAUGUUUGCGUUGCUUAGCUAGUCGGGUACUGUAAAGCUGAGAAGCGUCUCGUGCUAGUUAGCUGAGCUUGUUAGCUGCUGCGUAAAGUGUGAACAUGUGCGAAAGAACGAGAGCAGAAUGCGAGGCGGAACUUUUUAGAACAAAAGAGAACAAUCAACUAUUGGACGCUGUUUUCAAGAAACACAGAACAGACAUCCAGCAGCUGAUUGGACAUCAAGAAGAACCUGUACCUCAAACGCAGGGGGGGAGCUUCACUUUGGAUCAGGAGGAACCACGGCCCCCCCAUUUUAAAGAGGAAGAUGAGGAGCCACAGCCCGGUCAUUUUAAAAAGGACUUCAAAGAGACACAGCAUCCUCGUAUUAAAGAGGAAGAGGAGGAGCUACAGCCUCGUGUUAAAGAAGACAAGGAGCGACAACCCCCUUUUGUCAAAAAGGAAGAGGAAGAAUUUUGGAUCACUCAGGAGGAAGAGUGUCUUCUAGGACAGGAGGAGACUGAUCUCAGCAAGUUUCCACUGACUGUUGUCUCUGUGAAGACUGAAGAGCAUGAAGACAAACCACCUGAGUCCUCACAGCUUCAUCACAGUCCAAAUGAGGAGGAGAGGGGAGGGGGGGGGCCUCCAAGCAGCAGCUCAACACAACACAUGACAACAGAAGCUGAUGGAGACCACUGUGGAGGAUCACAAGCAGACAAGCUCUUAGCUCCACUAUCAGAUAGUGAGGACACAACGUCACACUCUCCUGACACUGAGGAUGAAGACUCUAAAGAUGAUAAGACAACUGACAAAACUCGCUUUAAAUGUUCCCACUGUGACAAAACCUUUAAAUACCAUAGUCAUCUGAAAAGACACAUGACAAGACACACGAGAGAAAAACCAUUUUCUUGCUUAACCUGCGGUAAAUGUUUUACACAAAGUCGGUGUUUGAAAGUACACAUGAGAGCACACACUGGAGAAAAGCCGUUUUCUUGUUCAACCUGCGGUAAAGGUUUUACACAAAGUCGGUGUUUGAAAGUACACAUGAGCGCACACACUGGAGAAAAACCUUUUUCUUGUUCAAUCUGCGGUAAAUGUUUUGCACAAAGUUCAUAUAUGGAAAAACACAGAAGGAUACACACUGGAGAAAAACCUUUUAUCUGUUCAAUCUGCGGUAAAGCUUUUGCACAAAGUUCAUAUAUGGAAAAACACAGAAUAAUACACACUGGAGAAAAACCUUUUAUCUGUUCAAUCUGUAGUAAAGGUUUUGCACAAAGUAACAAUUUGAAGGUACACAUGAGAACACACACUGGAGAAAAACCUAAUGUCUGUUCAAUCUGCAGUAAAGGUUUUGGAACGAGCCACAAUUUGAAAUUACAUAUGAGAACACACACCAUAGAAAAACCUUUUAUCUGUUCAAUAUGUGGUAAAGGUUUUACACACAGUCAGGGUUUGAAAAGACACACAAUAUUACACAGUGGAGAAAAAAAACCCUUUUACUUGUUUAAUAUGUGGUAAAGGUUUUGUUGUAAAUCACCAUUUGAAAGUACACAUGAGAACGCACACUGGAGAAAAGCCUUUUAUCUGUUCAAUCUGUGGCAAAGGUUUUGCACAACAUUCAUGUAUGGAAAAACACACAAGAAUACACACUGGAGAAAAACCUUUUAUAUGUUCAAUCUGUAGUAAAGGUUUUGUACAAAGUCGCAAUUUGAAAGUGCACAUGAGAACCCACACUGGUGAAAAACCGUUUUCCUGUUCAACCUGUGGUAAAGGUUUUAGAGAAAGUCAGUGUUUGAAAAGACACAUGAGAACACACACAGGUGAAAAACCACAUUCCUGUUCAAUAUGCAACAGAAGCUUUCAUGAACGAUCAAAGCUUGUUCGACACAUGAAAACACACACAGUAGAGGAAGUGUUGAGUUGCAGUGUGUGUGGGGAAAGAUUCUCUUAUAACUACCAGUUGGACAAACACAAGUGUGCUGGUGAUACUAAAUAACCUGCCAAGACUUUAACUUGAACAACGAGAGCACAUAUAACAUGUGUAACAUCAAUGUUGUUUUUGUAACACAAUCGUGUUAACCAUUUAUAGAUUAGAUAUUUUUUUCUUAGUCAGAUGCAUGCAUUAUCAACGUUGUGUACUUGAAUUAAAAAAUGAACAGAAUAAUUAGAUUUUCCAGAUGACAGUAAAUAAAUUUCAUACAAUAAACAUAUUACGUGCAUAUAGAUAUUUAACAUUCACUUUCACCCGUGUAUUGUAGGUUUUUCAAAUAAUGACGUGUUACAUAUUUCUAUUUCUAAUAAAUAUUUCCAUAGAUCAAUGUUUCUCAAACUGAUACACUAAUAAGUCAUUUGAUUAAAAUAGUGUUUUAUUUUCUUAUAAUUCAAACAAAGUGUUACUGUUUGAACUGUGUAAUGUAACGAUAGCCCAAAAAUAUAAAUUAAUCUACUUGUUAGAUAAAACGUCUGCCUUGUUUUUAAAUGAAUACUUAUGCCUACUAUGCUACUGUUUUUUAAUGUUGGUCAUUUUGGUGAUGUUUGGAGAGCCAGGUUUUUUCUGAGGUGGUGAAAAAAAGUUUGAGAACUACUGCCAAAGAUGAACUCCUUUAUAUGAUGGAUAUGUAGGUUUUACAUUUGUUCAUACUGUUGCUUUUAUGUACACAAAAAAUCCUCUUAGUUCAUAUUUACUGGUUCACCUCUAAAGUUAAAGCUAAAGUACCCAUGAUUGUCAAACACACACUAGGGAUCAGAAACAUCUUUUGGACCACUUCUGGAAGCAUAUUUACAUUAUACAUCAUUUUAACAGUUGUCUUUUAUUUAAAAAAAAUAUUUUAAAAGGGGAACAUUAUCACAAUUUCAGAAGGGUUAAAACCAAUAAAAAUCAGUUCCCAGUGGCUUAUUUAAUUUUUUGAAGUUUUUUUUCCAAAUUUUACCCAUCCCGGAAUGUCCCUAAAAAAAGCUUUAAAGUGCCUGAUUUUCGUUAUCUGUGAAGCCACCGUCCAUUUUCCUGUGACGUCAUCCAGUGAUGCCAAUACGGAUAGCACAGCAAGAUAUAGCGACAUUAGCUCGGAUUCAGACUCGGAUUUCAGCGGCUUAAGCGAUUCAACAGAUUACGCAUGUAUUGAAACGGAUGGUUGGAGU